AUGACGACCGCGCGGCAGUGGUGGCAGCGCGCCACGGCGGCCGUCAAGGACAGGAGGAGCCUGUACCUGACGCGCGUGGCGGCGCUGCGGCCACGGCCGGCCGCCGCGGCGGCGGUGCUGAGGAGCCCCGAGCUGGAGUCGGCCGUGAUCCGCGCGACCAGCCACGACGAGCGGUCCGUGGACUACGGGAGCGCGGCGCGUGUCCUCGCGCUGGCGCGCGCGUCGCCUCCCGCGCUACAGCCGCUCAUGUGGGCGCUGGCGCGCCGCGCCGGGCGGACCCGGUGCUGGGCCGUGGCGCUCAAGGCGCUGAUGCUCGCGCACGGCCUGCUCCUGCGGUCCGACGCCGCGCCACGCGCGGCGCGCCACGCGCGGCGCGCCUCGGCCGCGUCCCCUUCGACCUCGCCGACUUCCGCGACCGCUCGUCGCCGCCGUCCAAGUCGUCGGGCUUCUCCGCCUUCGUGCGCGCCUACUUCCGCUUCCUCGACACCCGUUCCCUCUUCGCCGCGCAGGAGCUAG